AUGUACAGAUUCAACAGAAAAGCAAAGCAAGACGUGAAAAAGAAACAAAAUUCGAAUGACGGUAGUAAGAACUCGAAAACGUCAUCAGGAUCAUCGAAUGUUUCGUCAGCAUCACCGACGGCUCAUCAGAAGAGAAGACAACCGAAGAGUGAUUCGGAAAGUGAAAAAUCAUUAAAAAAUCCCCGACCAAAACUGAUUCAACCAUCUCCCGUUGUCUCUGUUCCGAAAACGAGUUCUCCAGAUCGAACAAAACAAAAAUCAACAGUUCAAGAUAUGGUGAAAGGAGUUGUCAAUCGAAUCACUUUCACUCCGAACAGAAAACAACAAAAAUCCACGUCAACCCCUCCAACUUCUGAAAUCCGAAAGGUUUCAGAUGUGAGAAGUGAUUAUGUGGACAGUGAAUUGGAGAAACAGGCGAAAAAGUCGAAAUCGAAAGGAAGUAUAUCGACUUCAUUGAGUGGAAGCACCGAGUCGAUGAUUUCUGAUUUCACGAAGAAACCGAUUCAGAAUAAACAAAUCGUUUCAGUUCCAUCGAAAACCAUUAAAAGUGAACGAUCAUUAAUUGGGUUGGAUGGAGAAACUGAACAAGAUGAACAGAGAAUCGAGAGAAGAAAUUCAGGAAUCAAGACACGUCAAACUUCUCAAUCUCCGAGUUCUCGUCGGGAUAGAUCAAUGGAAGAAAGUGCUUCAGAAACAAAAGACUCUGUUUCGUUGGCUGAUGACGAAGAAACACGUGAGGAAUAUAGGAAAUUGUUCAAAGAUUUCGCGAUGGCAUCUCAGAAAUUGACACUUGAUGAUUUCAAACAUGAAUUCAGUCAACUUCCCGGUGAUCCCCCAUCCGAUCAAUGCACUGCAUUCAAUUUGGGUGCAAAUAACAAGAAGAAUCGUUAUACGAAUAUUCCGUGCCUCGAUAUUUCUCGUGUUCGUCUCCAAUUCAUGGCCAAUAAAAAUAAUCAAUCGACUGACUACAUUCAUGCGAAUCACAUCAAAAGUCCUCUUCUGAAACGUGGAUAUAUCCUCACUCAAGGCCCAAAAAAAGAGACAAUUCCUGAUUUUUGGCGUAUGGUUUGGCAGGAAAAGUCCAAUUCGAUUGUGAUGUUAUGCCAAUUCGUCGAGACAAAUCGUGAGAAAUGUGUUGAAUAUUUCCCGAGAAAUGCCAAUGCAACACUUCGGUUCGACAAAUUAAUUGUGACUUUCGAAGAGGCAAUCGUCAACAAAAGUGUUGUUAUAACUCGUUUAAACUUGUCUUUCGAAGGAGAAACUCGUGGAAUUACUCAUCUUCAAUGGAAGGAAUGGCCUGAUUAUCAGGUGCCUGGAUCCUCUGAAGUCAUGCUCAAAAUUUUAAGAAAAAUUCGAGCGAGAACUCAUCCGCCGAUAAUUCAUUGUGCUGCUGGAGUUGGAAGAUCUGGAACUUUGAUUGCUGUUGAAAUUGCAUUACAAUCAAUCAAUACUCAUUUCAAACUUCCAGAUAUCAAACAGGUAGAUCAAAACAACAAUUCAAUCAAUAAUCAGUUACAGAUUGUAACUGAUCUUCGUCUGACUGGACGUGCAACAUCAGUUCAAACUCUUCAACAAUACAUGCUCAUCUGGAAGGUUCUUCUUGAUUUCGGAGUUUCGAACAAAUUGAUUUCCGAGGAAUUAGUCACCAAAUUCUCUUCAACUUAUCGUCGUUCUUUCCGUGGAAGUAACAACUUUUCUUGA